AUGAGAACCUCCACCUUAGCAGUCAUUUUAACUGUUGCCGCAUCCAUCAACGCCAAAUUCGCAAUUCCAGAUGCAGCAAAGUUAGUUGCCAGAGCUGAAUCUUCCUCAGACUCUAGCGAUUCUGAAUCAUCUAGCUCUGAUGCUUCUUCAUCAUCUGAUGAAUCUGGAUCUUCUGGAGCAGGAUCUUCUGAAUCUUCCGGUUCUGCUUCUAGAUCUUCAGGAUCUUCAGGAUCUUCGGGAUCUUCAGGAUCUUCUUCAUCUGAUGAUUCUUCAUCCUCUGGAUCUGGAUCUGGAUCUUCAGGAUCUUCUGACUCUUCUACCUCAGAUUCCAGUUCUAGUGCUGAUAGUGCUGCUGUUGGCUUAAGCCACGCUGCUGGUUACGGUUUCGCCGCCGCUGCUGUUGUCGUUGGUGGUUUAUUAAUCUAA